UGGCGGGAUGCUCUGCGCUCGCGCAGUCUCGCUCGCUACGUUGCCGCGGCCGCACGCGCAAGCCGCGCCAUGACCCGUCCAGUGAUCGUAUUCCUCGCGCUCGCCGCCCUACACCUAGCUGCCGCCGAACCCCCUCGGCCGCGCCUCAUUGACUUCAAUCCUUUUGCAUGGCUCCCUACAAACCGAAAUCGAUCUCCGUCGAUCAUGGAUUAUUUUUUCCCACCAUCCCGCACUCCUAAACAAUCUAGUUUAGAGCCCCCAGCCGAUCGCGCACCGCCUCAAACGACCGUCCCUCAAACCACUCUCGAUAACACUCCUGCUCCGACAACAGUCAUUGAGGACCGCCCAACGACUCUGGCGAGAAAAGUAUCUUCCAAAACGAAAUCUACCAUUCCCUCGACCGCGACAAUACCGCCAAAAACUAAAAAGGUCACUCGAAAACCUAUUACGAUCGACACAACUUUGGAAACCAAAACUACACAAACCACUAAAAUACAAACUCAAGCUUCAACAGUUAAAGUCACGACCGUGCCUUCAACUUAUCGUCCUACGAAGCACUAUACUAUCAGGCCGGUGGUGCGGACAACGGAGACGCCAACCGUACAAGACACAGAGACUACGAGCGAUAGCACAGAGACGGUUUCUGAUUUCGAUACAUCGGGGACUACCAUUGGGGAUCUUAAAGAUACAGUGUCGACUUCAAGCAUCGUAGAGGACACCAAAUCUACAGAUUCUGGAUCAGCGACAGCGAGCACCUCUACCAUGGAAUCAACGACCCCUACGGACAGCACUGCUGAACCAGCCGACAGCCGCGAAGGAUACUUACCCUUGAGGGACAAACCGCAACAGACACAUGUCAAGAUCAACGAGCAAACGAAGAAAGAGACUGUGCCUUUACCCGCGGGAUCCACAUCAGUUUUGGCGAAACCGACGAAGUACCACUACUAUCCACACAACCAACAUAUCUAUUUGCUUCCCGAAUGUGCCAUUCAACAGGUAUGCAAUGCAGUGUACGUGCGUCUGAACUACACGCAGCCUCUGUGCGCGUGUCCGGAGCGGUACCGCGACCCUUGCUCUGCAAGUCUCAAUGCCGACGAUUUGCAUACUACUCGACUCACUACAGAUUCUAAGAAGAAGUAUGCAUCAAAGGCAGUGACGCUAGUGAAGACAUGCGAAGCAGUAUCAGAGAUGCGCGAGUGCCGAGCACCAAGAGACUGGUCUUUGUUAGCCCUUCAGAACAUCCGCACCGGCAAGUCCCACUACCUGGUCAUCUGCCGGUGUCCGGAGAACCACAUACUUGAAGGACCAAUGUCUCACGACCAGCCUACCUACGCGUCGGUGCCAGGUAUCAGGGUGUACGGGAUGGUCUGUGUGAGACCGACAACUCCAUACAACUCAGGUUUCAACCCAAACAAAUUCACCACAGUCCAGAGCUCGACCAGCGCCUACAAAGUGGACUAUUCUCAGCCACAGGCGUACCCAGAGAAGCCAGUCUACAACCGAUACCACAAGUACCCAGAAUCCUCCUACUACAACAGGAGAUCCAGAAUCGCCCGCAUGAGGCGAUCAUUAUCACAAAACCCCCCGUUCCCUUGGUACAAAGUUAAAGAAUUAGCGAGGUCAUUACAUUGGAUAUAGAUAGACUAAGGCCCAUCAGAUUCGAAAGCGCUGGAUUUAAUGUAAGGUCUCAUACACAUUAGGCAAUAUUAACGCGCUAUUUAUUAUACAUACAUCUUAUUCAUACAUACUUCUUAAGUUAAACAGCGUAGUGCGUUUCUCUCGUGUAAAUUGGAUUUAACGGCGACAUAUUACAUUUAUUACAAUUCUAUGUAGCCUAGUGGAAAGGUGGCUUAAAGCUGUGUUGACUAACAUUGAUGGGCAUCAAAUUGUGUCUUACUCACGUACAUUCAAGUGAAACAGCAUUGUGCUUCACAUUAUUGCAUGAGUGAGAUAGAGAUAUAUGUAGUGCGUCAAUUUUGCCUAGUGGGGAAAUGGUUUAGAAUGAAAUGUACUGACUUGAAUGACUACGUUCAUACAACCACGCUUUCGAUGUGGGGAUGCGGUAAGGACUGUUGGGUUCAAUAAGGCUUUAUUGUAAUCGGAAUCCGCCUGCUUGAAUUCAACGCUGAGUUGUGGAGAUUAAGCUAGAUUAAAUUUAAGUAGGUACUCACUCAAUUCCGUAUGUUAAUAUUACCCAAAUAUUAUUUUAUUAUAGUCGGUCUCUGAAGCAAGAUGAAAAAUUGUAGACGCCCCCAAACAUUUUUUAUCUGUCGCCCAUAUAAGCGUGAUGAUAGUAUAUUUUCAUUUACACAUACAGACAGAUAGGUUAACAUAUAGAGGGAAAAUAAUAAAAAAAACGUUCUCCUGUGCAUUAAAUGAGUACUUAGCUUAAGAAUCGGAAACGCUUCGCUUAAUCUACACAUCCGAAUAGUUGAAUAAUAACUUGAAUACUAAUCCUUCCCAAUCUAAACUCGUAUUUAGUUUGACGAAAGUACUUACUGUUUCUAAUACUCGGUAAAUUACUUUAAGCUGUAAGCUGCAAUAUAGCUACAAUUGCAGAAAAUUCAAAGCGUCUACUCACGAGAUUUUAUUAUGACUAAAUUGCCUGAUUUUAUUAGUGGCUAACUGCUAGAUAAAUCUGCCUGAAGUUAUUUGCCAAUUUACCAUCCAGGAAGGCUCAAAUCAAAUUUAAAGCAAGUUUCGAACAAUUAUAUUUCAUAGUUGACAAAUGAUAUAAAUAUUGAGCAAAGCAGAACAAUUGUUCCCAAGGUAAUGCCUAUCGAAAAACCGUUACCUACUUAAACUAUGCAUUAAUUGAGCGAAUAUGAGCCCGAGACAAUGAAUUUAUUUUUAUUCAUUAAUAACAUGUUAUUCAAUCCAGACAAAAUUUUUUAGUCAAUAAAUGAAAAUCUCUUUAAUAAAAAUCUCUUUGGUCGUAAACGAACUCACAUUACAGCUUUCUAUCAGUCUAGAAACCGAGCGCACGCUCGAUAUUUUUUUAUAAGUAACUAUGAGUGUCUCAUU